AUGGCAUCUCUCAAAACAGAUGCCACCCGCGAGAUCUGCUAUAACUCCUGGCUGGAUGCUUUCGACGAUGGUCUCGAUUACGCUGGAUCGCCUCCGCGCAGCAUGCAUCUUGUCGUCUUCCACUUCGAAGGAGAUGAUCUCAUGGAUCGCCUAGAGAACUCUUGGAAGCGCUACAUUGAAAUCCGCGGCACAGCAUUGUCAAUACUAUCCCCACUUAUCUCCGAAGGACAGCUCAUCUGA